UAAUAUACUUAGCCGAUGCUCUCGCUCGGUAAUAAGCUGGGCAGUGCUGUUCCUUUGAGCAGAAAACCAGAGUCUGACUCAGAGCUACACAUAGAACUGUGUGCCAGUCGCUCGAUCAGGACAUUCUCUCCACGCAGGGUCACUCAGGGUUUCAUGAUGGCCCAGCGGCAGGUGAAUAACUCUCCCUUCCUCAAGCCCUUCUUCCUGAAGCCCCCGAUGUGCAGCCCGAGCCACAGCCGCCAGCGCAGACACACCCUCCCCGCCAGCGAGUUCAGGAACCUCACUCCUCAGGACGCCAUCAGUGUCUUCGAGAUCGAGAGAGAAGCUUUCGUGUCAGUUUCGGGGGAGUGCCCCCUCACGCUGAAGGAGGUCCUGAACUUUCUGGGUCAGUGUCCUGAACUGUCCCUGGGAUGGUUUGAGGAGGGGCAGCUUGUCGCCUUCAUCAUUGGCUCCGGCUGGGACAAGGAGAGGCUCUCACAGGACGCCAUGACGACCCACGUUCCUGAAACUCCCACAGUCCACAUCCACGUGUUGUCUGUGCACCGACACUGCCGUCAACAAGGCAAGGGGUCCGUCCUGCUAUGGCGCUACCUGCAGUACCUGCGCUGCCUGCCCGGCCUGCGCCGCGCCCUGCUCAUCUGUGAGGAGUUUCUGGUGCCGUUCUACCGCAAGGCUGGCUUCAAGGAGAAGGGCCCCUCUGCCAUCACUGUGGCCCAGAUGAGUUUCACCGAGAUGGAGUACCUGCUGGGGGGAGCGGUUUUUGAGCGCAGGAACAGCGGCUGUUAGGAAAGAGGCGAGACCUGGACUCUAAACAAACGCAUAGCCCGCUUGCAGGCAUUCAAGGGAAACACGCGUUGUUUUAUAAGCUGUAAAUGGAGGUAUUUGCAUUUCUCGGCAGUCUGCUUUAUAUUCCCAGCGAUUUUAGGUCACAACACAUGGCAUGUUUUAUUUUGUCAACCGUAAUCCACAACCUAAAACCAUGUUUCUAGCGGGUCACGCCACCUGGCGGAAUGGUUUUGCAAUCGCAGCAUUUCUGACGACUGAACAAUUUCGUUUUCAAAUGUAAAAACAGUUCAUCUCAAUACACUGACAAAGCCAUUUAACAUGGAGUGUUAUGUUACCCUCCAAAAUUCCAUUCUAUAGAUGGCAAUUGGAUGUGCCAAUUCAGAGAAUUAAAAAAAAACAAAAAAAAACAGCAAUACCCAUAUAGAAUAAAGAAUGUUUAGAAUGAUUGAUUUUUCAAUGUUGCCCAUUGACAAAACUUUUUUUUAAAGAUGCCUGUAACAGGGUCUACCCAAUGCAUGUUCAUUAUUUUAUUGUUUUUUUUAAUGUUUUUGUGGGUCUAGUUGGGUCAGUCCCCAAACCAAAGAAAACCGCAGGACAACUGCAGCACAAGUGCAAUAAAUUGUAGCAACGUAUCUGUUUUGUAUCAAACUGUACAGUAUAUGACUAGUGCUUACUCCCCAUAAUGUUGCUGAAUAAAAGAUAGAAUGGGAUUAUAAUGGAUUAACUGACAAUGUGAUGUUGAUAUGUGAAAAACAGUUUGUAUAUACUUCCUUUAAUUUCUACAUGUUUUGCUAUAUUUACUCUUGCAUUGGUUAAUAAGUAAAAGUUGAUGAAGCUAGAGUUGUCUGCAACCUUAUUA